UGUUCCUUGAGGCCUUGCUGGAUAGUUAAUGGCCUCCACUCUUCACAGCUCUCAUCCAGCAGUUACAGCUGAUAAAAACACCCUGAAGUAACUUCAACCCUCCGGUUCCCUCUCAGGACACUGAAACCAACAGUUCAGGACAGCUCCAAGACACCAGGAUGGACUCUCCAGAUUAUGGAGUUGCAGCAAUGAGGAGAGGAAGCUAUGAUGACGCUGCAGCUUCUCUACAUCCCCACCUCAGACACCUGGCUCAGAGACGACGCUCGGCCCCGUCGCUGGUCUUUGGGAAGGCGUUGGGGAUGCCGUGGACUCCUAUCAGGGAGGAGGCUUCCUGCUGGGUCUCCGUGGAGCAGAGCCCGUUCGUCCUCGGCCUCGCCAGCGAGAACGGAGAGCUGCUGCUGGACGAGUGCGUUCAAGUCACCGAGGGCUCGAAGACCAAGGAGAGACACCUGUUCCUCUUCAGCGACGUCAUCGUCUUCGCUAAACUCAAGUCGACCACCAGCUACCGUCUGAAGCACAGGGUGAGCCUCGAGGACGCCUGGCUGUACGGAUUCGAAGAUGAACAGGAGGAAGAAGAGGGAACGACGGGAGACAUCGACCUCAGAGUGACCCUCGUCUUGGCCUGGGAUCUCACUUUUUGUAUGGUGUGUUUUCGCUCGCCUGAGGUGAAAGAACGCUGGUUAGAUACUCUUCACAGAAAAAUUAAAGACGCAAAAGCGAGAGCUGGUUGUGCUUCUUCCCCUCCAGACGUCCUCAUGAAGGUUUUGAGUGGCAGCGUCACGACUAAAACUCUAACAGGAGGUGGCAUGGAACAACUCAUUGAGUUUCCACUUGAUGGAGACGCAAAGAUCGCCCCCGUGUCAAAGCAGUUGAAUAACCAGGAGGACAAGCCGACACACGCCAAUGAUACCAAGUGGAACCUGGUGCGGAAGAUCAGAAAGGGCUCGAGUUUCAAAGCGUUCAACAAAGAGAAGCGAUCAGAUAGCAACACCAAGACGCAGCUGUUUGGACAGCCCCUCUGCAAGAUAUGUCUCGACGAGAGCUCACUUCCCAAACCAGUCACAGAGGUGCUGGGGUUGCUGAAGCAGCGAGGGCCGUCCACGGAGGGCGUGUUUCGUAAACCGUGCAACAACAAGGUCAUGAAGGAAAUCAAAGAUCAGCUCAACAGCGGCCUGGAGGUGGACUUGGAGAGGCAGCCGGUCGUCCUGCUCGUCGGGCUGCUCAAAAGUUUUCUGAAGGAACUUCCUGGCAGCCUGCUGGUGUCUGAACUUUACGACAAGUGGAUGACGGCUCUGGACAAUGAAGACGACCAGCAGAGAGCUGUGGAAGUCACAAGGGUGAUAGACGACCUUCCAGGGCACAACAAGCUCCUCCUGCAGCACCUCGUCUGCGUCCUCCAUCACAUCGUGCAGAACGCCGUCACCAACAUGAUGGGCGCCCACAACCUGGCGGUGUGCAUCGCCCCCACGCUGCUGCAGCUGGACGGCACCCCGCUGGAUGAGCAGAAGGAAAAGACGAUGAAGGUCACAGAGCUAACUCAGUUCCUGAUUGAGCAUUAUACGAUACUUGGAGAGAAUAUCCCGAAUCUGCUGGAUGCUGAUGAAGACUCACUGUCCUCUCAGCAUCAUGACUCUGCGUACGACAGCACCGACCCAGAUGGAGACGGAGAGGCGGGAGAGAGUACCGGCUCCACACACGAAGAGAAUGGCUCGUCCUCCUCUCUCAGUCCCAGCUUGACCGCGUCCUCCUGCUCCUCCUCUUGGCCAGCUGAAGCCAUCUUCAGCACAAAGCCGGAGUUCAACCGCCGCUGCUCCGAGCCCAUCAUCUUCCUCUCGACUGACCUGCAGAGCCUGAGCUGCCACUCCAGGAGCCACGACGACUGCUCGCUGGAGAGGAGGGACUUCGAGGAGCAGCCUCUGAAAAAGCAGAUCUCUGACGACUCCUUCUUGCUCAGAGGACGAGGCGGAGCGAGACCGCUGUCGUCUUUUUCAAAAUUGAGCAGCAGCUCCAACAUGGAUCCGCUGCCCUACAUGGCAAACAACUGCUCGUGCUCUUCCCUCGAAAGCGCCGCCUCUAAUCAGUCUGAGGGCUCUGUUUUCACCAGCUCCCCUGUGGGGUCGCCAGCCUGCCCCAGGAGAGCAAACGCCACCAACCAGCCUCCAAAGGCUCAGCAGGACGUUGCCAGGCCGAUUCCAGAGGAGAAGAGACGUUCACAGUCAAUGAGAGUUACCAGCAAAGUCCUAAUGAGGACCCGGAGCUUAGGAGCCUUCAGCAGGAGCAGCUUGAAGAAAGACUCGCAGAAGGAGAACUCCUUCCCUUGCGAGACUCUCCAGGAGGACUCUCAGAGCGAAGCAGAUCCACCGGCCGAGCUUCUGCACAAACCGCGCCCUCUGUCGGCCAUCUGCAUGCCGCCGUCGUACCAGCAUGCGAUGCAGCUCGCGGGUCCUCCUCCGCUGUACGGAUCGAUGACCGUACACGACGCCAUAGAGCAGCGAAGGUCCCGUCCGUCCUCUGUAAAUUAUGACUUCCCACCGACCUGUUCGGUCAAUCAGUACGCAGACUGUUUCGCUCAAGGAGCACUGGACAACUCCAACGUUAUCGAGCGGCGGCUGCCUUUCCGCCAGAGAGCCAUGUCGGAGUCCGCAGGGCGUCGCGAGGUCGUGUCGCGAAGGUGCAGCCAGCCGGUGUUCGAGGAAUUCUCAUACGCCAAGGAGUCUUAUGUGUGAUUGAACUGUUUCACAGAUCAAAUUUUAGAUAUGAAAAACAUUUAUCUGAGUGCAUCAUCAGUGGGCUAAGUCAAAGAACCAGUUAGAAAAGCUUCUUUUGUUUUCAUUCAUUUAUCCAGAGACACGGCAUUCAGGAUCUUAGGCUGACUUAGAGAAGUGAACAAAGCUGCAUUAUGUUUUCUAUCAAUAGCAAGAGACUUUGGCUUCAUAAUAGCAGCUACUUCCUCCUCUACUUCUUCCCUUUUUCAUUGUUCUGUGGUCGGUUAGACGGACAAACUGCGGCUUUGCCCACUGAGCAGCUCUUGUAUAUGUACAUAAAGUCACUGUUACACUUUGAAUGAAAGUCAGCUAUGUGGUUGCACUUCUCUCAGUAGUACUAUUUAGAGUACAACAUGUAAAAGAUAUGUAGAUAUUAUGAUAGAUAUCUGUCACAAUGAAGCUAUGAAAACACAAAAUAUGCUAUGAGUUUUUAAUGUUUGUUGAGAUAUGUGAUCUGUACAGUAGCUAUAGCUCGUUGCACAGUUUUUUUUUUUGUUGCUUUUUGUAAAUCCUCUUCACCUUGCAUGGUCUUCUUCUUCCACUACACUAAAGCACUUUUCUCGUGAUAGACUAUGCUUUUAUUUGUAUGCUGAAAUGUAAAUAGAUAGAUAUAGAUGUGUGACCUUUGUCAAGGGUGUCUUCCAGAGUGCACCAUGAAUGGUUUUAGGUAAAAUGGAAGACAAAUAAUGCAAUAAAAAAGUGAAAAAGUUUA